AACAGUUUCGAAUCACCCGUGAAACAGAGCAAAUCGUGGACAGUCGACGGAUCUACGCGUUGAUUGAAAGUGUUUAAAACUUGGAGAGGAAAAAAAAACACUACAAAAAACAUUUGCUGAUUUAUUGAAAAAGAAGUGAUACGAAACGAAAUCAAAAUGCACAACAAAAUAUUGGACGAGUUCAACGAGAAUGGCUACCUUGUAAUAGAAGACUUUUUAACUCCCGAAGAGGUAGACACUCUAUAUCAGGCAGGACGCACUCUCUGCUUGGAUGCGCCCCAGUCGAAUCGAAAAAUAUUUAGUACUCUCAAAGCAGAAGAUGCUCACAGUAAAGAGCUGUACUUCAUGGAAUCUGGCGACAAGGUUCGCUACUUCUUCGAGCAGGGAGCAGUCGGUGAUGAGGGUGAGUUGAUCGUGGAUCCGAUGAUUGCACUUAAUAAAGUGGGACACGCACUGCAUGUGGAGCAUCCAACUUUCAAUGCCGAGAGAGAGAUUUGCUGGCAGUUAAACUAUAAUCGCCCUGCUGUAUGCCAGAGCAUGUAUAUUUACAAGAAUUCAGGCAUUGGCGGUGAGGUGACACCGCAUCAGGACUCUUGGUUCCUUCACACAGAGCCCAACUCCGCGGUGGGAUUCUGGUUUGCGCUCGAAGACUGUACGCUUCAGAAUGGCUGCCUACAGUUCAUAAAGGGCUCUCACAAGAGUGGGGUACAUCGACGUUACCUCCGCAAUCCCGACAAGGAUGCCAGCGAGCUGAUGAUAUACGAUCGCGCGGCGCCUAUUUAUCCGAAGUCCAGCUUUACACCUCUACAAGUCAGUAAAGGCACAUGCAUAGUUAUCCAUGGCAAUGUGGUGCACAAAAGCGAGCCAAAUCGCUCACAGAAGAGUCGCCAUGCUUAUACCUUCCACGUAAUAGAGACUGAGAAUAAUGUCAAGUAUUCGGAGGGCAACUGGUUACAAGCGCCACAAGAUAAGCCCUUCCCUUUGCUGUUCGAACGCAAGGCUUAGAAAUUAACGGAAUCGGCUCGAGAUUGUAAUCUUGUUACUACUGUUUUCGGUAUUUUUGCCUAUAAGAUUUGAGUGCUUCAUUUGUCAAUGAAAAUGAGACCGCCAUAUGUUUUAAGUUCAUGUACAUGUCGAAUUUUAUAAAAUUAUAAUAAAUAAAGUUGUAAAUUAAUGAA